AUGGCUCAGAAUCCUAAUGAUUUGGAUUUAUAUGCUAAAGAAUUCGAUGCUAUUAAGGCCCUUUGGCUUCCUAUUGUUGACCUUGUUACUAUGAGGAGGGGUAAACAGCUUAGCUCUGUUUCUCGGAGCUAUCUCAUUAGGCCUAUUUCUCAUGCUGAAAUUGAUGCUUCCCUUAAGGGAAUUGAUAACACUAAAGCUCCUGGUAUUGAUGGCUUUAACUCCUUCUUCUUUAAGAGAUCUUGGCAUAUUGUGAAAGAUGAUAUUUAUGCUAGUGUUAUUGAUUUCUUCACUAAAGGGACCUUGCCUAAGCAAUGGAAUUGUACAACUAUCACUCUUGUCAUAACUGCUAGACAUGCUGCUAUCUUUGGUGAGGUGCUUAAGGAUGCUCAAGCAGGUUUCAUUCCAGGCAAGCACAUUGGUGACAAUAUCCUUCUUGCAACUGAAUUGAUCAAAGGCUAUGAUCACAAAAUUAUCUCUCCUAGGUGCAUGGUUAUGGUGGAUUUGAAGAAAGCCUAUGAUUCAGUUGAGUAG